GCGCUCCGUGCUCGGUAGCCGAGUACUUCCCGGAUCACAAACAUUUGGAACAGGAGGCUCUGCUUUUUUUUUUCCCUGAAUCGCAAACCUUCUGGCGAGCAAAUCCACCCGUCAAAGCAGGAUCUGACACCGAGGACCGGGAGGAAAAAGGCGCCAGGGAAGGGAAUGCGACGAGCGGCUCGGCCUGCAGAUUUAACCCGUGUCCACUCGAGAGGUUUUGCCGUGUAUGGCGGCUUGUCACAUGAGACAGGCAGCCUGGGUGGAUGGUUAUUUUGACUACGGAGUAUGCUAACAGUAGCUUGCUAAAACUGCGUAUAGGGUCUAUCGUUAGCUAGCAUACCUGACCGUUAACUCGCCAGAGAAAAAUGUUAGCUAGCUAGCCGACUGGAUAAACAAACGCAGACGAACCGGCGAUUUGCCUCAAAAAAAGGAGCAAAAAUACAGAUUUCGAGCAGCAAGCAGCGAACAUCUUAUCGUUAACCACAUCCUUUCGAUUGUUUUUCCUCUGUCAAACGCUGCCAAGCCUUCUCCAUCAGGAUGUCAAAGUACACAAGCUUUCCUGAUCCAGUGGACGACCACAACCCGUUCCAGGACCCUGCGGUGACUCAACACAGCAGCAACACAGGGUACGCCACACUGGACCUCUACAACCCGUUUGACAAUAAAACCGGGCCUCCACCGCCGUAUGAGGCCACCUCUCCCUCCGCUCCAUCUGUUCCUGCACAAACCCCACCGAGCAGGACGACACCCACCGAGCCUCGCAAUUAUGGCUCCUAUAACUCCCAGACUGCAGUGAAUGCCACCACAGCCGAACUUCUGAGAAAGCAGGAGGAGCUGGAGAAGAAGGCCCGAGAGCUGGAGAGGAGAGAGAGGGAGCUGGAGUCACACAGCCUGGGACCUGGAGCCUCUCGUCAGAACAACUGGCCCCCGCUGCCAUCUUUCUGUCCGGUGGGACCCUGCUUCUACCAGGACAUCAACCUCGAGAUCAGCCAGAACUUCCAGCGCACCGUCACCAUCAUGUACUACUUCUGGAUGUUCAGUGCUUGCACACUGCUCUUCAACCUGGUCUCCUCCUUGGCCAUGUUCUGCAAGGACCCCUCUGGUGGUGUUGGCCUGGGCCUCGCCAUCCUCUGGGCCCUCUUAUUCACCCCCUGCUCCUUCGUCUGCUGGUACAGACCUGUGUACAAAGCCUUCAGGAGUGACAGUUCCUUCAACUUCUUUGCCUUCUUCUUCAUCUUCUUUGCCCAAGUGGUUGUCUAUGUCAUCAUGACCAUUGGGAUCCCUGGAUGGGGUUUCAGUGGGUGGAUUGUGAGCCUGGCUGCUCUGAAGACCAGUGUUCCCGUCGGUGUGAUCAUGAUGAUCAAUGCCAUCCUCUUUACUGCCCAAACUGCCAUGGGUGUUGUCAUGCUGAAGAAGGUCCACUCUCUGUACAGGCAGACCGAUGCCAGCUUCCAGAAGGCCCAGGCUGAGUUUGCCACCGGAGUCAUGUCCAAUCAGGCUGUGCGCCAGGCCGCUGCUACCGCUGCCCAGGGGGCCUUUACUGCACCUCGAUAGAGAGGGACCACAGGGGUUUGGGAGGGUAUGAGAGGUGGUGGAGUGCCCUGGUAGAGGCUGAUAUAGGACCAGUUUGCAAUUUAUUUCCCCCUACUGAUGAUUAGAGUUUGAUGAGGGAAAACUGAGGCUAUAUUAGUGCCCCGAGGCCACUGAAACUCCAAGACAAGUGCAUGAGGUGAUGGUGGCGUUGUGUAAUUUGUAAAGGGUGUACAGGACAAGUUAGGAUCAUCACCAAGUCCAGACGUUGGUCAAGGUGUAUUUGUUGAGGAAAAUGUUGAUGUGAAAACAAUGAAAUGUUGAGAGUAAAAUACCGGCUGAUGAAAUACAGUAUUGCUAUACUGAGUGUUGGAUGCGGGAUUUUUUUUUUUGUUUCAUUUUGUUUUGUAUGAGAAGUCAAACUGUGCCAAGUUGAACGUAUUGCAGCAGUAUUUCCCUGGAUACAUUUCCUUUUACAAUGUUUUUUCCCCUUCUUCCUUUUUUUUUUUUUUUUUUUUUAUGAUUUAUUGAGAGUUAUGUAUAUACAGGUUAUGGGAGGGAGCUGCUGAUUGAGUAUGUAAACACUGAAGCAUUAUCAUUAUAUAACAUUUGAUUCACAGUUAAGUUGCUCAACCGUUCAGGCCAAUCUUGCUUUUCUGUUGCCUAUAUGAAAACUAACAAGUUGUUUUAUUAUUAUUAUUAUUGUUAUUCCAAAUGAGAAUGCCAAGUUUCCUUAUUGCCAAAAUCUGUCAUAACUGUAACUGCAAAAUGUUGAAGGUGUGUUGUUGUGUUGUUCUUGCUCUCACUGUUCUGUUGUUGCUGCUUGUGGUUCUUAUGUUAUUGCCGGUCACUGUCUUGGUUUAAUAAAAAUAUUGUCAUGCUUAA